GUAAACACAUCGGUGUAUCUGUUUACUCUGUGUUUUAGUUUGCAGUUUGAUAAAAAUAUCGGUUUAUUAAAUUGAAAAUAAACAUAAUUAAACUCAAGUAAGAGAGUGAGUGAUCGUAACAUUGUCUGUCCACAUUAAUGAAAUACAUAUAACGAAAUCAUGUCUGAUAAGUUAGGGUUCGAGGAACUUCGGUUAAAGUACAAGGAUAUAUUAUCCAAAGCAUUUUCAACAAACAACAUUGAUCUCUUAGAUUCCUUCUCUAAAAAUACAAAUGAAGUUGACAGAAAAGCGGCAAUGGAUCAAGCAUUUCGGGAUAAACUUUUAGAGCUUCUAAUCGAGAACCCUGACACCCUAGAAAGCUACGUUUCUUUUUGCAUAGAAUCCUGUAGAAGGCACAUGGUAACUCCUACCAUGCCUGUUGUCCUAUUAGGCGAUAUUUUCGAUGCUUUAACUUUAAAUAAAUGUGAGAAGUUGUUUGAGUAUGUAGAAAAAGGAGUUAACAUAUGGAAAGAAGAAUUGUUCUUUGUUGCUUGCAAAAAUAAUUUACUCAGGAUGUGCAACGACUUGUUACGGCGGUUAUCACGUUCUCAAAACACUGUUUUUUGUGGAAGGAUAUUAUUGUUUUUAGCUAAGUUCUUUCCGUUUUCGGAGAGAUCUGGUCUGAACAUAGUAUCGGAGUUUAACUUGGAGAAUGUCACAGAAUUUGGAGGUGAUAAUUCAAGCACAUUAAAAGAUGCUUUAGAUGAAGAAAUGGUAGUAGAUGAAGAUAAUUCUAAACUGACUAUAGAUUACAGCUUGUAUUGUCGUUUUUGGAGUCUCCAAGACUUCUUCAGAAAUCCUAAUACAUGUUACAAUAAGAUUCAGUGGAAGACUUUUGUUGCUCAUUCAGGUAGUGUUUUAGCAGCUUUCUCAUCAUACAAACUUGAGGCUGUGGAAUUACAAAAGUCUAAACUAAACAGACUAAAGGCAGUCAACUCGGAUGUUGAAAUGCAAGAAUCAAAUAAAGAGCAGCACUACUUUGCAAAGUUUUUAACAAAUCAGAAACUCCUUGAAUUACAAUUGUCCGAUUCUAAUUUCAGGAGAUGUGUACUCAUACAAUUUUUGAUAUUGUUUCAAUAUUUAACAUCUGCUGUGAAAUUUAAAAUGGAAGCUCAAGAAUUAAAAUCGGUACAAGUAGAUUGGAUCAAGGAGACAACAGCCUUGAUCUACCGUUUGCUAGGAGAGACACCACCAGACGGGAAGAAGUUUGCUGAAUGUGUCAAAUGUAUAUUACACAGAGAAGAGUAUUGGAACAGUUGGAAGAAUGAUGGCUGUCCAGAAUUUCAAAAGCCAAAAGCUCCGGUUUCAGUUGACUCUGAUGAAGUUAAAAAGACAAGAAAAAGGAGAAGACCAGUUGGUGAUAUAAUUAAUGAAUAUAGAAAUCAAGAUAAAUUCUACAUGGGCAAUAAUGAACUUACAAAAUUAUGGAAUCUGUGUCCGGAUAAUUUAGUGGCAUGUCGGACCAAGGAAAGAGAUUUUAUGCCUUCAUUAGAGUCGUACAUGUUAUCUGAGGGUGGUGCGGGGGGUGCGCGUCGUACUACCAGUGGGGGGUGGGGGUGGCGCGCACUGCGGCUGCUGGCGCGUCGCUCGCCGCACUUCUUUGUGCACACCAACAACCCUAUAGGACGAUUGCCAGAUUACCUAGAUGAUAUGGUGAAACGUGUAGCGCGAGAUUCUGCCGCCAAUGCAGCGGCCGCUAACGCUAAUGGCGACACAAACACAAAUCACAAUGAUAAAGCUGUCAAACAGAUGAUAUCUCCCGCGGAAUUAGACGCCGUAUCCACUAAACUAACUGAAUGGAAGAAACUAGCUGUAAAACUAGGCUACAAGCCUGACGAGAUACAGUACUUUGAGACGGAAAACGCAACAGACGAAGCGAGGGCUAAGAAUAUGUUGCAAUUGUGGUUUGAUGAUGAUGAAGACGCGUCAGUGGAAAAUCUCCUCUAUAUUAUGGAAGGUUUGAAACUGGUCGAGGCUUGCGAAGCUCUUAAGAAUGCUAAAUGACAUUCGCCGAAGCGCUGCAGACUGCACAAAUCUAAACUAACGAAGCGUUGGUACAUCAAGUGAAGUUCUGUAGUCAUUAAAUAAAUAAUUAUAGUUACAUUUUAAGGUC